AUGUCUUUCCGAGAUGACGGCGUUUUGCUAUUCCCUGACCAUCCGGACAGUGAAGUCAAACUGAACGCAACUCUAUUCAACUUCAAGAACUGUGUCUACACUGCGGUCUUCAACUGUCUGUCAAUGGCUGUCACUCAGGUCCCGUUAGGGCUCAACACCAGACGCCUACCACUGGGUGUUCAGGUGAUCGCCAAAGGAUUCAACGAUCACUUGACUAUAGCUGUGGCCGAAGAACUGGAGAGACAUUUCGGUGGUUGGCCGCACAUAAAUGCUGUAAUCGAUGAACGCUAUGAACUGGCCGUAGAAGAGGCCAAAGAAGUCGAUAAACGGGUCACUCAUGAACUCCAAGGCAAUGAUCCACUCAAUGGAGUGUCCAUUCAUUCACAGCCACUGUUAGGCAUUCCCUUUGCUGGCAAAGACAGUAUUCCCAUCAAAGGUCUCUUCCAAACCACUGGAUGUCCCGCUCGGAAAGGUAUUAAAGCCACAGAAGAUGCAAUUGUUGUGAAACAUCUUCGAGAUGCCGGUGCUAUACCAGUGUGCAUGACAAAUGUGCCGGAAUUGCUGAUGUGGUGGAAUGCAUACAACAAACUCUAUGGACAGACAUACAAUCCAUACGACAAAUCUGUCAUUCCUAGCGGCAGUUCUGGUGGUAGCGCAUCGCUGGUGUCAUCAGCCGGUGCUCCACUGGGCAUCGGAUCAGAUCUCGCGGGAUCCAUACGAAUGCCUUCAUUCUUCUGCGGUUUGUUCGGUCACUGCAUUACUCACGAACUGAUUCCCAAAGACAAUCACUGGCCGCCAUAUAAUGAAGAAACUAAAAAACUCUUAACAUAUGGACCGAUAGUCAGAUACGCGAGUGAUUUGAAACCAAUGGUCAAAGUAUUUGUCGGCAAAAACGCAUCGCAACUAAAAUUAGACGAAAGCAUAGAUUUGACACAAAUUAAAGUCUAUUACAUGUAUGAAAUGGACGACCCGUUUAUCACUCGUGUCACUCCAGAUGUGCGGAAGGGUAUCACUGAUUGUGUCCAUCAUAUGAAAAGUUUGGGCGCAACUGUUCAAGAGGUUAAUUUAGAUAAAUUAAAGCACUCCUGGUCAAUUUGGACGCUCACAAUGAAAGCAAUGAAUGACACGCCGAUGACUGAAGAGAUGACUAACAGAAACGGAUCCAUCAAUUUGUUCGCCGAGUUAUUCAAAACCCUUUGCGGCGGCUCUGACCACACAUUAGGAGCACUCGCUUAUGCUGUUUGGGGUAAACUGUAUACAAGUGAACGGGAAAUACAAGAAUAUCUCAGAAUCCGGGACGAGUUGAAGACAGAACUGACACAACUCUUAGGAAAUGACGGCAUUUUUCUAUUCCCCUCUCACCCGGAAAGUUGUGUCAAACUGAAUGCCACACUCUUUAACUUACAUAAUAUCAGUUACACCGCGGUCUUCAAUAGUCUAAACAAGACUAUAACUCAAGUGCCGAUUGGACUCAACUCCAGAGGACUUCCACUGGGAGUCCAAGUGAUCGCCAAUGCAUUCAAUGAUCACUUGACUAUAGCUGUCGCGGAGGAACUGGAGAGAAGACUUUUGUUGGAACCGGCGAUCAAUUUAGUGAAACAUAUCAAAACUGGACGAUUGAAAUGUGAAGAUCUGGUCAAAGCAUACGUCGAUCGCAUCAAAACAGUACAGCCGCACAUAAAUGCUGUGAUCGAUGAACGCUAUGAACUGGCCGUAGAAGAAGCCAAAGAAGUCGAUAAACGGGUCACUCAUGAGCUUCAGGGCAAUGAACCACUCAAUGGAGUGUCCAUCCAUUCACAGCCACUGUUAGGCAUUCCCUUUGUAGGCAAAGACUGUAUUCCCAUCAAAGGUCUCUUACAAACCACUGGAUGUCCCGCUCGGAAAGGUAUUAAAGCCACAGAAGAUGCAACUGUUGUGAAAUAUCUUCGAGAUGCCGGUGCUAUACCUCUUGCUGUGACAAAUGUGCCGGAAUUGCUACUGUCUUGGAAUACAUACAACAAACUCUAUGGACAGACAUACAACCCAUACGACAAGUCUAUAAUUCCUGCGGGUAGUUCUGGUGGCUGUGCAUCACUGGUGUCAUCGGCCGGUGCUAUUAUGGGCAUCGGAUCAGAUAUCGGGGGAUCCAUACGGAUACCUUCAUUCUUCUGUGGUUUGUUCGGUCACUGCAUUACUCACGAACUCAUUCCCAAAGACAAUCAUUGGCCGCCAUUUCCCGAAGAAAUGAUGAAAUAUUACACAUAUGGACCGAUAGUCCGAUUCGCGACUGAUUUGAAACCAAUGGUCAAAGUAUUUGUCGGCAAAAACGCAUCGCAAUUAAAAUUAGAUGAAAGCAUAGAUUUGACACAAAUUAAAGUCUAUUACAUGUAUGAAAUGGAUGACCCGUUCAUCACUCGUGUCACUCCAGAUGUGCGGAAGGGUAUCACUGAUUGUGUCGAGCAUAUGAAAAGUUUGGGCGCAACUGUUCAAGAGGCAAUCAAAAACACGCCAAUGACUGAAGAUAUGACUAACAGAAACGGAUCCAAAAGUUUGUUUAUCGAGUUUUGCAAAACACUUUACGGCGGCUCUGAUCACACGAUUACGGCUCUUGUUAUGGCUGUGGCUAUGAGACUGAGUAUCAGUGAACAGGAAUCGCAAGAAUAUCUCAAAAUACGGGAUGAGUUAAAGGCAGAACUGAAUGAACUCUUAGGAAAUGAUAGCAUUUUGUUAUUCCCAACUCAUCCGGACAAUUGUGUCAAACUGAAUGCCACAAUCAUUAACAUCAAGAACACCAGUUACACAAUGGUCUUCAAUAUGCUGGAUAUGACUAUAACUCAAGUGCCGAUUGGACUCAACUCCAGAGGACUUCCACUGGGAGUCCAAGUGAUCGCCAAUGCAUUCAAUGAUCACUUGACUAUCGCUGUGGCGGAGGAACUGGAGAGAAGGUUUGGCGGUUGGGUUCCGGCCACGAAAGUUCAAUAUGAAUAAAAUGCACACAAAUUAUAGCUCAUAAUUCAAAAAACGUAUUCAAUUUUCCAUUUAUGCAAUGAUUUGUAAAUAAAUG